AUGUCCAGCUCUACUUUAGUUGUCUUUCUAGCCAUCAGCGCACUAACUGUGGCUUACUUCUACACGAACAACAAGCGCUACGAUGCACGGGAGAAGUCGCUCCUUAAGCUGCCACUUAUCGGCGAUAUCCACAGCUCGCCGAUAGAGAAGCCAUUGGAAAACUGGAGUGCAUGGUCCGAAAAGAAUGGGCCGAUUACGAUAGCGAAACUCUUCGGCAUUGUACCUAUUGUUGUUCUCAAUUCGUAUGAAGCCGUCACGGAGCUUUUCGGUCGCCGCAGCCAAUGGUAUAGUAACCGACCAGCUUCUGUGAGCAUGGAAAUGAUUACUGGAGCAAAGCCGGGAUGCUCUAGAUUUACACUAAUGCACGACUAUGAUGACCAUCUCAAGCUGCAUCAUCGGGUUCUCUCACCAAGUCUGGGUGCGCCUGCAGCGCACAAGUACCAGCCGCUCAUGGGACUAGAGGCUAAGCAGCUACUUUUUGACAUCAGCGCUACUCUCGAAAACUGUGCUGACGGUUCCAUAAUUACCACAAAGGACUUAUAUCCUUUGCUAGAGCGGACUCAGUCCAGCACCAUCUUAGGUCUUCAUUACGGCCUUCGCAUCCCCAAGAUCGAUGAGCCAAUAUUGCAAAACGUCAUUGAAACCCAAGCAAAAGUCACCCAUCUUGCCGCAAACCCCCAGCUCCCAGAUCUGGUACCUUUCUUGCGCUAUCUACCUACUGUUGUUUCCCCAUGGCAGCAGUACGCUGACAAGCUGUUUGCAUCCCAAGUCGACCUCUACAUGCACCUCUUCCAGCACGGCAGGGAUGCACCCGGCUGGAAUGCUACAAAACAAGUCAUCGCAACAGCCGCAAAGCAUGCUCCGGCAAGCUACCCAGUAGCAGAGCUUGAUCUCGCCUUCACACUCGCAACAUCGAUUCAAGGCGGAAUGGAGACAUCGCCGCGUCAACUACUCUGGCUAUUCGUCGCAGCCCUACGCAACCGGGACUUUGUGACUCGCGCGCACCACGUGCUCGACGACGUCGUGGGCCGGACUCGUCUCCCCAGAUUUUCGGACCGCAGCAGCCUCGCGUACGUUGACGCAGUCGCGCACGAGCUGUUUCGCUGGCGGCCAGUUUCUCCGGGGACGAUUCCCCGGCGCGCCGAUUGGGCGGAUAAAUACGGUGGUGUGGAGAUCAAGAAAGGGGUCACCAUCAUGGCGAAUGCGUGGGCGAUUGGCCGCGAUAAGAACGUGUUUGAUGGGGCCCUGGGGGAUGCGGAGGAAUUCUUGCCUGAGCGCUGGUUGCGGAGUGGGAAGGUUCGGAAUGACCUCCCACUUCCUGUGUUUGGUCAGGGGAGAAGGAUAUGCCAGGGAAAGCGUGUCGCGACUGAUGGAGCGUUUUUGAAUAUCGCAUAUUUACUCUGGGCGUUCGAUAUAGAGGCUGUUGACGGUGAGGAUGUGGAUCCGUUGUCUAUGGUGGUUGUUGGGUUCAUGGUUGAGCCGAAGCCUUUCAAGUUCCGUCUGAAGCCUCGGGGACAAUGGGUGCUCGACCUGGUUAAAGAAGAGUGGAAGGGCAGCGAGAAAAACCUGGAAAUGGUCAUGGGUGUGGCCAAUGAUGUUGAGACUGGGAACUAA